AAACUAGGCCGACACCUUUCCUUCCAGGAUUCCAAAUUCCGAAAGACCCCCGGCCCUUUUUUUUGGUUUAAAACAAAAUACAAAAAGCUCUAUGGUUCUAAUUAUUUUGUGUAAUAUUUAUUCGUACACUAAUUAUUUUUACUACUCAAAAAUUACGUGAAGAAUAGCUGAUGCGAGGAAUAAUAAUUUUCCAAAACAAAAAGGAUAAGGGAAAGGUAAACAGAGAAAAGAGGCUUUUUUUCAGGUCUCCUGCUGAAGAGAGAAAAAAUCAAAGUCUCUCUCUCUCUCUCUCUCUCUCUCUCUCUCUCUCUCUCUCUCUCUAACUAUGAGCCUCUUCGGUCUGGGCAGAAAUCAGCGAACAUUCCGCCCGAAAAAAAGUGCACCUUCAGGAAGUAAGGGUGCACAGCUUAAAAAGCACAUUGAUGCCACUCUGGGCAGUGGGAACCUAAGGGAAGCAGUAAGGCUACCUCCUGGGGAGGAUUUAAAUGAAUGGCUUGCAGUCAACACUGUGGAUUUCUUCAACCAGGUGAAUUUGCUCUAUGGUACCCUCACAGAGUUUUGUACUCCUGAGAACUGUCCUACAAUGACUGCAGGCCCUAAGUAUGAAUAUAGAUGGGCAGAUGGUGUGCAAAUCAAAAAACCUAUUGAGGUUUCUGCUCCAAAAUACGUUGAAUAUCUAAUGGAAUGGAUUGAAGCACAGCUUGAUGAUGAAUCCAUAUUUCCUCAAAAGCUUGGUGCACCAUUUCCUUCCAACUUCAAGGAAGUGGUGAAGACAAUAUUCAAAAGAUUGUUCCGUGUAUACGCCCACAUCUAUCACUCUCACUUUCAGAAAAUUGUGAGCCUUAAGGAGGAAGCCCAUUUGAACACAUGCUUCAAGCAUUUCAUACUGUUUACUUGUGAAUUUGGGCUGAUUGACAAGAAAGAGCUGGCUCCACUUCAAGAGCUCAUAGAAUCCAUCAUAGUCCCCUACUGAGUAUAUAAUAUAGGGUUGGAGGUCCUGAGAAAGAUUUUUAUUUUAGGGAUGCAAAAGUAAGACUGUUUUAGUAUUUGACAUAUAAAGUUCUCUAUUUCUCUAUGUUCUCAAACAUUGCAGGGAUUAACAUUGUUUUUCUUUCUUUUUGGAUGCAUAGAUCAAGCAAUUGCAAAAAGCGAGUAGCUUUUCCUGAAAGUAAUGAAAGCCUUAAUUUCCAUCUAGUCGUUGCCAUUUUUGUUAUUUGUGCUUAUAGUUU